AUGGCCAUUUUUAGAUCUAAAACAAACAAGAAGUCUCCUAGCAAGGCAGGACAUAUCGACGUAAAGAUAUCACCUAAAGAUCAACAACAAUAUAAAAUGCAUACUGCCAAUGUUCAUGACCCUAUUUUAACGGCUGUUAAUGAAGAUCAACCUUUUGAACAAGCAGCAAGACAUGAAAACAGAAGACCAUCAUAUUUGAGCAAUGACUCGGCAGAUUUGAAGGAUAUUUUUGGUCGACCUAUUCGUCAAGGUGAUAUGUCUAAUCCUACUCGAGAAAGAAACGAACGUCCUUUAGAUACGAUUAGAGGGUUUGAAUAUGCAAUCACUGGUGACGUAUCGUAUCGUGAUCAAUUAGAAUCCCAUCGUUUAGGUUGGGGAUUCCAUGAAGACUUUCCAUACUACAAUUUAAGCGGUCAAACCCAUAACCAAGAAGGUAACUCUAGACCAGUAAUUAAUUUUGAUCAACAUCCAAUUUAUGAAGAGCAAGGUUAUGUUAAACCAAGUGGACAGAAAACUAAAAAGAAAAAGAAGGGGUUCUUUCGUAGAAAUUGA